AUGCAACCAGGUGGAUAUGGUGGAGGAGGAAGCUCUGCUAACUUUCCAUCUGGAUCGGGGAGUGGAGGUGGUCAAACCGCUGUCAAAUUUCAUGAAAACGAUCUAUGGCAUCGUGUUCUUGUGAGCGGUGCUGGUGGUGGUUGUGAUGAUAGUCAAUCAGAUGAUGGCAGUGGUGGUGCAGGAGGAAAUUUAACUGCACAAGGUUGGUUUGCAAAUUCUGUCAUGAGUAACUCGUAUCUUGCAAAUUCAACAUUUGGAUUUUCUUUUGGCCAAGGAGAAGCUGCCAGAUUUGGACAACCACCACCAAAUAACUCUCUAUCCGUUAAGAGUAGCUCAAAUACUGAUAUAGCUGGUGCUGGUGGUGGGUGGUUUGGCGGUUUUUCUGCUCAAAACGGUUAUUCAGGUGCUUCAGGAGGAUCUUCAUUUGCAUUGACGAAAGAUGCAAUUAUCCCUCAAGGAAAUAUUACUGCAUCAGAUGAAUUUUAUAAUUUAAUUGAUUCCAAACCAUAUGCAUUUGAUUUGCAUAGUGAAUAUCUUUUCACAGAAGUUGAACAUAUGCCUGGAAUCUGGACAGGGAACGGACGACUUAUUAUUACAAUUCUUGAUACAAAAUUCUUUGUGUCAUGUAAAAUCAUGUCUCAAAUACAUUUCAAUUUUGCUGUAAUUUUAGAAUAUAUAAUAACAUAA